AUGUACUCGCAACACAGCAAUCGGACUCAGAUUGUACCCACGCACCAUCAUCCACAUGGUCCACAUGAUGGUCCACUCACCGCUGAGCGUGAGAUGUUAAAUCAAAUUCGCUCCAAGCUCGAACGUGCACAGCGUCGUCUUGCACGAACACCAUCAAGCACUUGUAGUGGGUACAUUUCAUCGUCUAAUACGGAGAAACAUGCAGUCCCUGUGAAAAGUGUUGGAAUCGCAACUUCUCGUUCUUCUCAAGGUUCAAACCAUCAUUCUUCAAAACAUUUGUCUCCUCAAUACAAAAGCAAGUCAAAAUUCGCACAUGUGGACACUGAUCCACUAAAUGGUGGACCGCCACCUUUAGCAACACCAUUUCUUGUGUACUCAACUUCGCGUAUUCUAUCGAUGGAAUCACAAGAGAAGCACAGACGAUGUGAACAACCACGUUCAGCCUUGCGUUCCGAAGUUGCUCGUCCUCCUACAUCUCGUGUCCGUUUUCAAGACUUGCAGAAUCAGAAUUCACAUUCGAAUCAAAAAGACCGUAAGUUGCAAGACGUGAGGCAACGAAGGUACCAGCAAGUUCAAGAUCGCGAGUUACGCCACAUGCAACGUGCCACUUCUCAAUUGCAUGUGACUUCUCCAAUUACCACAGCUACUCGCCAUAUUGUGGCACGUGAAAAUCCACCUAAUUCAGCAAUUAAACCUUCAGCGUAUCAAAAAGUGGUAGAAACGUUAACAUCAUCUGUACGACGAAAUGUGGGUACAGUUCCACCACCCACAUCGGACAUAAAAGUUUCAGCAUUGGAAGAUGUGGUACCACGACGACAAAAUCAUGAUCCAAAAGUGGUACCUCAAUUUCAAAAUACACCCGAAACGGUUCAAUUGACAAAAACAGGAACAUCAAUUGAAGAAGUGCACGAAGCGGAUGAUACAUCAACAUACGAUACCGACGAUAGUUAUGAAUUUGAUAGUGAUGCUGAAUUCUUGUCAUCGUCAGAAUAUGCGAAAUUGGUCAAAGAAAAGGUGGAUGAAACUACAGUUUCUGACAAUGACAGAAAACAGAAUCAAGCUCAAAGAAAUGAUUCGACGUCUCAUUUGACAACAAAAGACUUGGCACUUUAUGCUCUCGGUCGUACAAGCAGUUCAAGUUCAGAGGUUGUGUUGUCAUCAAAAGACAAGACAUUCAACUCAAAUGUUCGUGUUUCUAAAUCGUCUCUUCAACGUCAUGAACAUUUGUCUUCAUCAAUUUCAGCUGAAAAUUACGUUCGACGGUCACGUACGCGUGCUCCGAUGGAUUUAAAACAUCAUUUACCACCUUCAAUUGGUGUCUUGUCGGAACUUUCAUGUGGUUCUUCAACGUUUCUAUUGGAUUCCACAAGUUUCUAUCACAUUCAGUGGACAAAAGGUGAAUUUGCAUUCUCUGUGCAACAAGUGUACCCAAAAAAUGAGUUUGAAUUUGAAGACGAAUCUCAAUGGUUUCUUCGGAUGCUACUUAAUACGGAACGUAGCACAUGUCCUAAUUUUGAGCACGUGCGGGUAGGUGACGUGUUAAUUCGAGUUGGUGAGACUGAUGUUUCCGAUUUGGGGUUAGAGGGGUCGGGUUUGGUUUUGACGACUUUUUUCACAAAAUUGAUGGCUCAAUUACCGGUAAAUUUGACUUUUCAACGAAUGCAAAGUAGUGAUUGGGAUGGUGGUGUGGAGCUGUAA